GGGGGGGGGGGAGGGGCAGGCGGUGCACACCGUCCGCUCCAUCGGUUCCAGAAGGCCCGGCCAGUGAACGGCCGUAUACCUGCCCAGAUAAGGCAUUUCUAAGCAGUGUUCUCGUCGUGACUUGAACGACUCCAUGGGGCCACGAUGUUCUGCAGCUGAGAGAGAGGGAAUUUUUUUUUUCUUUUAACGGGGGGGCCGAAGACGGCACCACGAAUGGUAACCAAAUAGUUCCACACCAUCUACUUUUGGCGUUUCGCCUGCGGGGAAAUAAAUGCGAGGACAAAAGUCAGGAGUCAGUCAACUCAACUGUCGGUCAAGCUGAGUGGGUUUCUUCGUGACUUUUUCGAGACGUACGCCCAUAAAUGAUGAAGCGUUGCUGUACAGCGGCCAACGCCCGCACGUUGGCCAGUACGAUCGCAUGUAGUAUGUCAGAUGCGUGUGCGCCCUAGACAAUGCAUGCAGUGGUACCAUAUCCCAGGCCUCGAGGUUGUCAGUUUGUGUGUCCGUAGCCCCGACGACAACAACAAGGCUGGUAGCAGGCCAGUCCUCAGUCAGAGGAAGCCAGCUCUCGCGUUAGUAAAGAUUCACCAAUCCAUGAGAGGGCCCUCGUGAGACGUCCCCCCCCCCGAGGAUAGCUGCAUUUGACCGUACGGAACCAUGGGCGUCGGGUGGGUGAGUUGGCUGCGUGUCGUA